AUGCACAAGCCAAACGUUCCCUUGCGGCCAGUUGUGGCGCUGAAAGGCUCACCUACCUACGCUCUGGCUAAAUGGCUUACCAAACCUCCGAAGAAGCUGACGGAGGACUCAGAACACACAGCUGUAUCCCCAACAAAUUUCCUGGAAAGUCUCCUAGGCAUCAAAAUAGCCCCCGAGGAAAUAAUGGUGUCCUUCAACGUCGUCUCUCUUUUCACCUCCAUCCCUAGAGAAUUAGCCACGGAGUAAGUGAUCAACUAGAGAGGACGUACAAUGAAGAGGAAAAAUCUCUGAAAAAGAAGCACAUAAUGGAGCUACUGGACUACUGUUUGAGCACGUACAUUACGUUUAAUGGUCAGGUGUACGAGCAAAUCCAGGGAACUCCGAUGGGAUCACCAAUAUUUGGCUACCCAGCUGAGGCGGUUCUACAAAAACUGGAAACACGAGGGUUUCAGCCCUACAUGCCAAAAUUCUGGGUGCGCUACGUAGAUGACACCUUUCUCAUUCUACCUCGAGACGUGAAAGAGAACUUCAAAAGGUCAUUGAACUCAACUUUUCCCCAAAUUCAAUUCACAGUAGAGGAAGGAAAGGACGGAGAAAUCCCUUUCUGAGUGUCCAGGUGUCGAGACAGGAAGACGAAGUCCUCCAGACUGGUGUCUUUUGAAAGGCGACUGAUACGGCGAAAAUCCUCUAUUACAGCAGUAACCACCAUUUGUCACAUAAACGCAGUUGCGUGCGGACACACUUCCUGCGCACCAAAACACACUGCAGAACAGAGGCUAAAAAGCUGCGAGUGCGUAAAUCCCUAUGGCGUCUCUUUCUCUCCAACGGGUACACACGUAGCUUCAAAGCAAAUGCCUGUAUCAAAAGCACACGGAGACCGACGGUGAACAAAAACAAAAGCUGAAAUCUUCCGUGUUUUACCCUACGUCAGUGACGUUUGCGAAGCCACUAAACGCAUGCUCAGACCACUCUACGUGGGCCUUGGACAUCGGCCGCCGCUUGCUCAUGCAGCCCAAGGGGUGGCUACCACCCGAGGACACGUCAGGAAUUGUUUACCACAUCAACUGUCUAGAUUGUCCAGCCAACUAUUGUGGCAUGACCGACAAACGAUUAAGGUCGCGCAUGCAUGAGCAUUCUCUAGCUGUAGAGCGAAAAGAUGCACGAUCACAUGUUGUUAUGCCUAGCCUCGAAAAUAACCAUCAAUUCGGCUUCGACAAGGCGGAAGUAAUCGGCCGAGCUGAAAGCAAAAUGGCCGGAGAGAUAAUCGAAGCCAGCAAUAGAACGCCAACUCAAUCAACCGUAGGAGCGAUCUAUCGGCGGCAUACGAGGCCGCCAGACACCACUUAGGCAGGAAAGGAGGGCCACUUAGAAGGGAGGACAAUGAGCCUAUCAGUAGUGAGUAAGAAAGACCUAUUUAAACCUUGUAUUCCCACUUUUAGUCUACCUCCGAUGAUGUGCUCUAGUAUGGGUGUGAAACGUCAGAUGAAUAAAGCAUACUCCCCAGAGAUCUCUUCACGUUCUUCCAUAUAUAUACACGGUGAGCCACAGUUUGGACCCACAACAUCUAUCCUCACCUCCCGCAGCCAUCACAACACAAUGCACACCUCCCCCUCACAAGGUCGUCUGCUUACCUCUCUGUCUGCGUCCUCAACCAGCAGUGUGACAAUGCCACCUCUCACUUUUCACUUUGUCUGACGACGGGUUGGUGCAACCAGCUCGAAAAUUUACGAGUAAAACUCUAUUUCCGACGGACUUCCUUCUUUCAUCAUAUCAUCUCGGAAUGCAUACCACUUCAGUUAUUCAUCAUAUAUAUAUAUAUAUCACUAGUCGCUGUGCGACUGCCUGCGAGGGUUCUAGUAUGAGCCCCAAGGCACAACGGAACGAGCAUGUUCCGUAACCUGAUUGGUGAGCGCCCAUCUGUCAUAAUUGAUAUUCCCGAUCACAACCGACAGGACAACGGGCCCAUGGCUCAAUGGUAGAGCGUCAAACUCCAUGACCAAAGAUCCCGGGUUCGAAUCUCAAGUGAUCCACACUUAAGGUUGGGUAUGACUGGCUGAUGACGGCUAAUAAGCGAGAAAUGGCCAUUUCGGUCUCCCUUGUCUUUGUCGGUAUCAUCUCAUCUAUAUACAUAUAUAUAUGAUGUUAGGGGGCGCUCACCGAUCGUUCAUACGGAACUCACUCAUUCCGUUGUGCCUUAAGGGCUCUCUCUCGAACCCAACCAGCAGCCGCCCAGUGGCGCAUGAUAUAUAGGUAUUGACUUCUAAACCAACAGGUCGCGAGUUCGAGGCUCGGGUGUUCCACACUUCGGACUUGGGUAUGACUGGCUUAUUCUGCCUUCAUUCAGCCAAUCAUAACCCUGACCACCAGCAGCUGAGACCAGAAACACAAACAUGCUCACAGACGCACCUGGCGCAGUCGGUUCACCACUGAGGCCUACCAGAUGGGUCAUAAGCACUUCAUCGAACCGAAGUUCAUCAAUGCCUCGCCACCUGUCAUUCUCUGUCGCUGCAGAUCGGGUAUUUAUUCAAUCAGGAAUGGGCGCACACCGAUCUAUUGGCUUCACAAAGCAAACAAGCUCCGUAUGUGUGGCAAAGGUCACGAACAGGCAACCAAUUACCAGGCGGAAAUCGGCCAAGUCAUAAUAGCAGCGAGGAGGGACGACAGAGAAUGCGGGUAGAUUGAUACAGUACUGUUUCGGGCUUAUUGUGCCUUCAUUCAGCCAAUCAUAACCCUGACCACCAGCAGCUGGGACCAGAAACACAAACAUGCGCAUAGACGCACCUGGCGCAGUUGAUCCACCACUGGGGUCUACCAGAUGGGUCAUAAGCACUUCAUCGAACCGAAGUUCAUCAAUGCCUCGCCACCUGUCAUUUUCUGUCGCUGCAGAUCGGGUAUUUAUUCAAUCAGGAAAGGGCGCACACCGAUCUAUUGACUUCACGUAUCUGACGGUUCACGCUUGUGCUCGAGGGCACCGUCGGAGAUAAGCAAACAUGGGAAGCAUAUGGUUGAAACGGGUCUUUCUUACUGAGUGCCGCAAUGCUCAUCGCUCUCCCUCUCUCUUUUUCCAUUGGUUCUCCACUCUUGCUAAAGUGGCGCCUGACGGCCUCACAUUGCGCUGAUAGACCGAUAAUACGGUUGAUGAAACUGGGGUAGGAUUGCCAGACCUCGGUUUACUCCUCCACCAGUUUGCUUUCGGCCCGGCCGAGAACCUCAGCACUGUCAAAGUCGAACCGAUGAUGUCCCAUAACCUAACUGGUGAGCGCCCUUUAAACAUAAUUAGCGUUCUCGACCACAAGCGAAAGUGCCGAGUCCGUGACCCAAUGGUUAAAAUGUUGAACUAAGUACAGCUCGAUAACCAGAGAAUUGGAGCUUGAACCCCAAAUUCUGCAAAGACCUAGGGUUUGUCAUGAUUGGCUGACGACGGACAAUAAACGCGAAUCAGGCAUUUCACUCUCCCUUGCCUUUUUCGGUAGCCCCUUAUCUACAUAUUUGUUAUAUAUGGACGCUCAUUGAUGAGUUUACAGGAAAUGCUCGUCUAUUUGCACCUUGCGGUCCAGUCUGGAGUCCUCACAGGCGGCCGCACAGCGACUAGUGGGGGUUCUGGAAAAGUCAAGGAUGAUUGGGAUGCCAUUUCUCGCUUAUAAGCCGUCGUCAGCCAGCCUCUCACAAGCCCGGGCUUUGGCUGUAUCUGGGCCUUUAAUCCGCAAUCUUUGGUCAUCAGUGUUAGUACGUCCAACACUCUUAACCAUUGAGCGCCCAUCUCGUUACCCUGUUGGUUGCGAUCGAGGGUAUUAACUUGUGCUGGAAAUACAUUCGCCGAUCGGAUUACGGGAGCUGCUCCUCCCUUUGCCCCUGGGGCUUAAUUUAGAGCGUUUACAGGCAGCCGCAAAGCGGACAGGAAUAGAUGCAAAGGAAGCUUGCGACAAAUACAAGGGAGGAAAUUACCGUUCUUCAAGUUUUUCACAAUAAAAUUUGAUCGUAUGGAAAAUAAUGCCGAUUGAUCUCUAGGGAAACGUAUAUGGUUACGAAGUCUUUCAUGUGGUGCACUGUUAGUUUUUUAGCAUGCUUUGGGACGUAAUACAGAUCAGUCAUUGUCGACCCUGAUUUUGAUUGUCACAUUGGCUGCGUGAUUCGUCGCGGAUUCUGAGCUGCGACCGUCGAGUCCUGCAUGCGCUACAGGUUUUGACCGUCCGUCAAAUCGGGCGAUAUCAACUUGAUCACCCAUUCGGCCAUUCCUACUGCAUUCAUGUGACCAUAGACAACAUGAACCGAAGUUUCUUACUCUUCUCAAAGAACUCAGAGUGUUGUUUAAGAGGUUGACAUUCCCGACGGUCCUUUCAGCAUUGUUCACUCAGAUUGGAUUUGGGCUUGCUUUCAGGCUCCUUUUUGGAGCCUUUUGGGGCAUUGCAAGCCCUUCCCGAAUGCCAACUUACAGCUUACAGCGGCCUUAGCUAAACUGCAUCCUUUUGUACAGCAUGAUCAAGCACAGUUUCCCUGGAAACGCCAUAUUUCAUAGACUUCUGAAAAAAAAAGCACAGGCGUCAGUGUGGUCGAUGGUGUACAUGACAGCUUAGCAAAAACCGGAAAACGGAAGUCUACAUAAUCACCCUGUUUGGGAUAUGUAGCCUGAGGAAUCCCUGCGCGAAUCUUGGACUAAAAACCCAUGGCGUUUUUCAUGCUCGUCAAGUGUCUUACCGAAUAAAUCAUCCGUCAGCAGUUGAAAUCAUGGAUUUCUGUGUCAAGAUUUUUGCUGAUUACUGGUUGUUUAUCAUUUAAAAAGUUUGCAAGACACGGGAAGAGAAAUUCCUGUAUUACCGGGGCCUUGUACGUAUUUCCAGCGAUAGUAGGCUCAACUUUAAGGUAAGGGCUAAGGUUAGGGCUAAGACAUGGGAAUAUCUUCACUUCAGGGAAUUUUGUGCAAGACUACCUGCAUUAUCGAGUGGGAAAGUGUUUCAUUCCCUUGUCUUACCAAAGAGUCAGUCUGGCUUUUUUGUCAUAAUAAGUUGCUCCUUUUAUUUGCUUUGCAAAAAGUGCCAUUUAAGAUCGGUCGCGAGGGUGUAAACCUACCCCAUACUACCGGUAACCUAGCGCCAAAUUCCAAGGGAGGUGCCUAUUUCCGUGUCCAAAUUUUAACCCCGACCCUAACACUGUCAUAACUCUAACCCCCACAUUAAUACUCACCCUAAACAACAGGUGUUUUGGCAGAUUUUGAAUAAUUCAUUUUGACUCAAUUGUGAAAAACUCGACGAUCUCUGCUGGACGGGUAAGCUGACCAAAAGGUGAUUGAACUCACCGCUCCGAGUAGGGCCUCGUACCUCAGAUGGCCACAGCGUUGGCUGUACUCAAGCCUUACCCCUGCUGUCUUGGAUUCGAAUCCCACCGUCACUGUGUUCUUCACAGUUGGGUCACAAUGAACUAACCCUCGCAUUAACCCCCCGCCUGGAAUUUGGAGCAAGACCCCUUACAACCCGAGGGUCCAUAUGCUCCCUGCCCAACGCAAUUCAAAACCUGUUGCCAUCUCGGACAAAACACCCACAAUGUUGGCAGCAUUGCAAACCAUUGACUUGGACCGAGUUAUCGAUCGACGGCGCGCUGGCGACGCGUGACGGGCUGAGUUGCCCACGGUGCUGUCUGUGCGGGGUGUAGGGGUGUCAGCGGUGGGUCCACGUGAUGGUCGUAGUGGUCGCUCACAUGCUUGCAGGUGAGACUACGCCUAGCGUCCAUUUGCUGGCACCUAACUCUCACCUGUGGCUCCACGUAGCUGGGCUCUGCUCAGCGGCCACACCCCGGGCAACCGUCUCGACCGGCGGGCUAAACCAGGUGAGGGUAUCCGUGCGUGCACCUGCACGCGCGGUACUGUGGUCUGCGCUGGCCGGAUGGAUCUUCGCGUCGACAUCGUCGAGACGAGGCUCUGCCUGGACCAUCGCAGGAGGCCACCAGGUAAGUUCUUCCUCAGGUCAGUGCAUUUGCUCUGUUUCUUCCUUUUGUCUGUUGAAGUACCGUGUCGUAUGCUGCUCUUGCUGCCUGCCCUCUGUAUGCUAGUCUGCCUGUUAAUAGCUAGACGAAACCCUCGCUGCCUGCUGCGACUGUCUGUCUGUCAGUAUAUGUCUCUCUCUGCUAAUAGCUAGGUUUUACGGUGCUUGACACUUGACUGGUGCGCUCUCACUUCUGUCUCUGACUGAUGGCUGUGUCUAUUUGUCCACUCUAGCUAGCUGUAAGUCCCAAAGCGUUAGGUUGUGUGUAUGCUCUCCUACUUCACUCCAUCACAUCACCAUCAUCACCAAGGUCCCAGGAUAAUUCGGGUCGUUCUCUCACUAACAAAAAGUCGUGGCCCAUAGUGGAGUCCGGCAGCCGUCUGGGAUAACCGGGCAGCCCUGUUCAGGGAUGCGUUGCCUGCCCCCGCGAGGGGGAGGGGGGUAGAAAAGGUGCCCUAAAGAUCGCUGGGAACCACGCUGUCUGUAGGCUGGCCGUGGCCGCAGACAAAAAACACACGGUCGAAACAGCCAAAACCGAAACAACAACAAUCACUCUCUUCCUCUCCCAGCCUAUUCUUCUUCUUCUCCUACUCCUACUUUUCGCCACCGCAGUCACCAGACUGGCAGGGUGAGCCCGCUCACCCUGGCAGCCUGGAAUGUUCGUUCCCUUUUAGACAAUUCGAGGAGCAACCGACCGGAACGGAUGAUGGCGCUAGUGGCACGAGAACUGGCGCGCUACAAGGUAGACAUCGCCGCCCUCAGCGAGACCCGAUUCUCCGAACAAGGCCAACUGGAGGAGGUGGGUGCCGGUUACACCUUCUUCUGGAGUGGUUGACCCAAGGCAGAGCGACGAGACGCGGGUGUCGCCUUCGCCAUCCGGAACGACAUCGUGGGACGACUGCCCAGCCUGCCGCAGGGCAUCAACGAUCGCCUGAUGAGCCUCCGCCUGCCUCUCUGGGGAGGCAAAUUCGCCACCAUCAUCAGCGCCUACGUUCCGCCGAUGACCAGCCCCGACGCCGCCGCAAGAGACAAAUUCUACGAGGACCUGCACGCCCUCUUGGCGACUGUGUCGAAGGCGGACAAGUUGAUUGUCCUUGGUGACUUCAACGCCCGCGUCGGCACAGACCAUACUGCCUGGAGAGGAGUGCUGGGUACCCACGGUCUCCGCGGCUCAAACGACAACGGCCUGCUGCUCCUCCGCACCUGCACAGAACACCGCCUCAUCCUGACGAACACGUUCUUCUGUCUGCCGGAGCGAGAGAAGGCCACCUGGAGGCAUCCUCGGUCGCGUCAGUGGCACCUGCUGGACUAUGUCCUCGUCCGAAGGCAUGACCAGCAAGACGUGCUGGUGACAAAGGCGAUCGCGGGUGCUGACGGGUGGACCGACCAUCGCCUCGUCAUCUCGAAGAUGCGUAUUCGCCUACAGCCUCGCAGGAGACCACAAGGUAAGCUGAAUGUUGCUUUGUUGUCUUUGCCCGCUCACCGUCUUCAUUUCAGCAAUGAGCUAGCUCAACAGCUAGACAACCUUCCAAUCGCUGCCACCGCCUACGACGCCGCCGCCGCCGCUGCCGAGAACGCCUCCGUGGAGAACCGCUGGUGUCAACUGCGAGACACGGUCCAGUCGACGGUGCUCGCCGUCCUCGGUCGCGCUCCCCGUCAACACCAGGACUGGUUCGACGACAACGACGCCGCAAUCAGAAAUCUGCUUGCUGAGAAGAACCGCCUACACAAAGCCUACGUAGAUCACCCCACUGAGGACAACAAAGCUGCCUUCUACCGCAGUCGCCGCCAACUUCAUCAACGUCUGCGCGAGAUGCAGGACGCUUGGACUGCUCGCAAAGCUGAGGAGAUCCAAGGCUAUGCGGACCGCAACGAAUGGAAGAACUUCUUCUCUGCGAUCAAAGCUGUCUACGGUCUGCCGACGAAGGGCACUGCUCCCCUCCUCAGCGCCGACGGCAGCACUCUCCUGACUGAGAAGACGCAAAUCCUACAGCGAUGGGCCGAACAUUUUCGAGGCGUUCUCAACCGCCCCUCCGUCAUCUCCGACGCCGCCAUCGAGCGUUUGCCGCAAGUGGAGACCAAUGUAGACCUCGACCUCCCGCCAUCUCUCCAGGAGACCAUCAGGGUCGUGCAGCAGCUCUCCAGCGGGAAAGCACCCGGAUCGGACGCAAUCCCUGCUGAGGUCUACAAGCAGGGAGGUUCCAACUGCUGGAUCACCUGACUGCGCUCUUCCAGGAGAUGUGGCGUCAAGGCGAAGUCCCGUGCACGAACUCCUCUUCGCCGACGACCGCGCCCUGAACACCACCUCGGAAGAGGAGAUGCAACGGAGCAUGGAUCUAUUCUCCGCCGCCUGCGAGAACUUCGGUCUGGUCAUUAACACGCAGAAGACGGUGGUGAUGCACCAACCGCCACCCAACUCAGCCACAGCCCCCAACGCGCCGCCGCAAAUCAGCGUGAAUGGGACCCAACUGCAAGUGGUGGAGAAAUUCCCGUACCUGGGCAGUAUCCUCUCCCGGAACACCAAGAUCGAUGACGAAGUCGCCAACAGAAUCUCGAAAGCCAGUCAAGCCUUCGGUCACCUCCAAAGCACAGUUUGGAAUCGCCACGGUUUUCAACUGAACACGAAGCUGAGGAUGUACAAAGCCGUCAUCCUGCCAACGCUACUUUACGGAGCAGAGACGUGGACGGUGUACACGAGGCAGGCACGUCGUCUGAACCACUUCCACCUCAGUUGUCUCCGUCGCAUCCUGAGGCUGAACUGACAGGAUCGAAUCCCCGACACUGAUGUGCUAGAACGUACGGGAAUCCUCAGCAUCUACUCCAUGCUGAGACAAAUGCAGUUGCGCUGGAGCGGCCACCUGGUGCGCAUGGACGACGAGCGACUACCCAAAGGACUUCUACGGAGACGUCGCGACGGGUUCUCGUCGUCAAGGAGGCCAAAUUCGCCGUUACAAGGAUACUCUGAAGUCCUCCCUGAAGCGUCUGCAAAUCAACCCGACCAACUGGGAAGAGCUCGCCCGCGAUCGUCCGACAUGGAGGAGAACAGUGAAGAUGGGCGCUGCUCUCCACGAAGCCAACCGCAUAGCCGCCGCCAAAACGAAACUCGAAGCCCGCAAAUCACAACUUCGUCCAGUACGCAACGCCGCCGCACAACCGCUUUCAACGUGUCCUCGAUGUCAACGGACAUUCCGGACUCGAAUCGGAAUUGUUGGACAUCUUCGGAUUAACUGCGCCUCUCGAACUGCUCCAACCAUCGUCCCCCCGCCCGCCUCUUCCUCCCCGCCGCCGCCGCCAACUAACUCUGACAAUUCUUCUGAACCACCACUUCCAUCCUUCUUCUCCUCCUCCUCCUCCUCCUCCUCCUCCUUCCCCACUGCCCCAGCGGCGGCCGUCUCGCACAUCAACCCCGACACAACAACCGACACCACCCCCACCUCUCCCGAUUUCAGUGAUGAGGAUCAGGACUACACUUGCCCUCACUGCGAUCGUACCUUCACCUCACGCAUCGGCCUGGUCGGUCACUUGCGAAUCCAUCGCACAGAGACUGGCGAGCCAGUGCCUGGAGCACCAACCUACACCCACCGCACUCGCCUCCACUGCCUACACUGCCCUCGCACCUUCACUCACCGCAUGGGUCUAUUCGGCCACAUGCGCAUCCACGAGAGCGGAUCUGACCGCAACCUCGACACACCCACCCGCCGAGCCCCACUCCCAAUUCAUCACCUUGCGCACCCACCAACCACUCCUCAACCGACAUCGACGCCACCGAAUCUACCACUCCUCACUCCUCCCCGUCCUCCUCCUCUUCCUCCUUCACUGCCACAACGACGGCCACUCCGGCGUCUGUAG